CAAUAAUUGCCGACCGGAACUUCGAUCAGCGGGAGUUAGGGUCGUGUGGGAUAGAAAACCAGAUGCAGGAAACCUCCGAGGUAAGUAAAAGAGUAGCAUUGUGAAACUCUAAUCCAUGUUCAUCAUCCUCUGGGACCUCAACUGCUAGCAUAUCGUUAUAUCCUACUGUCGCAAUGACUGAGGGUAAUUUCCGUGUCAUUAUUGUCGGUGCAGGCCCCGUUGGGCUGUACGUGGCUCACGCCAUGGAGAGGGCAAACAUUGACUAUGUUGUCUUGGAGCAACAUUCCACGGCACUGAAUCCUUCAGGGCAACUGCUCUUUACCUGGCCUCAAACUGUUCGACUUCUCCACCAACUUGGUCUUCACCAAGAUGCGAAAGAAGUCGCCAUCCCGAUUCAUUACAAGAAAAGGGUUUAUGGCCAUGAUGGAAGUAUUACUUCCACUAAUCAAUUCUGGGACUACGUGGAACCAAGUCACGGAUACCCCUUCCUUCCCAUGCUCAGAAGUGAUCUGAUCAAGAUCUUCUACACGAAUCUGAAAGGAAGAGACACGAAUAUCAUCACUAGCGCCGAAGUCGUCGAUAUUGAAACGGACAGCGAGGGAGUUCGAGUGCAGCUCGCCAACGGCCGAAUCGUGGAGGGCUCCGUCGUAAUCGGCGCAGACGGUGUUCAUAGCAAGAGCCGCAAACUCAUGCACAAGCUCGCCGGACAGGGGCCUCCCGAGGAAAUGAUUUCCAGUUUCCAUGGCAUUUUCGGGUGGGCCGACAUUUCAGACCUCUCCAUUGAACGCGAGGUGUUCUUCGAGUCUCGAGGCGCCGGGGCCGUUAUCCAAUGUCUUGGGACACCCAAGAAGCUGCGCUUUGUUACGCUGAAGCCGCUCCCCGAGACUUUCACGGGCCGCAAGAGAUACACGAGACAAGAGAUGGAGGAGUAUGCCGCAUCUGUUGGCGACAUCGCGGUGUGUCCUGGAGUGAAAUUCAAAGAUGUAUGGGAGAGGGCAGAGAAGGACAAGGCGCAGAUGCUGAAUCAGGAAGAGGGAUUCAUGAGCCGCUGGCAUUACGAUCGCCUGGUCCUGGUAGGUGAUGCAGUGCACAAGAGCACGAGCGUCAACGGCCUGGGCAUGACGUGUGGGCUACACUCUGCGGCGGUGCUUGCAAGCCUACUGCAAGGUCUUGUCAAGGCUACAUCUCAGAAGCCAACAACAGAUGAGAUCGACGAUGUCUUUUCUCGCUAUCAAAAAAAGCGCCAACGCGAGGUGAAGCCGGUAUGGGAAGGUGGUUACUCGAUGGUUCGUGAGGUAACACAGGACUCAUUGUGGUCCUGGAUGUGGGACAGAUACAUAUUGCCAUGGUUCGAUGUUGAAGGUCUCGUCAAGGGUCUCAUUCCUUCUUUGUUUUUGAUCAGACAUGGGGACAUCCUCUCAUAUGUCCCCUUUGUAGGCGAGCAAGGAUCGAUCCCUUGGUUACGCCGACCAAUUUCUUAGUAGAACUACUUCAAACUGCCAAUUGAAAAUGAAAAUGGCCAAGUAUUCCAAAUUGGCAAGACUGGAAUUGUGCGGCGUGAAUGACAGCUUCCUCCCAAGAAUGAAUGAUAUGACAAGUAUCACCAUAAAGCGACAUAGAGAUGUGAUUUUUAGACG